AUGUGUGAUCUUCACUUACUGGUGUUCAACUGUUUUUUUUUUUUUUCCUUUUCUUGUCUGGACAUCAGCGAAGUCAAGCAAAGACUGGUUACUUAUUUUCUGUCACAAGAAACACUUAGAAAAACUAUCUAUCUAUCUAUCUAUCUAUCUAUCUAUCUAUCUAUCUAUCUAUCUAUCUAUAGUUUUGGUUAUCUCACUCGAACUCUAUUAACCGCCGCUGGCUAUCACAACUCUCUUCCUCGCGGUCUACACAUCAACUGUCCAUAUUCACCCACAUGCUGCCGUCACUCACGGGUUGACACCACUCACUGGCUUUCACCUGACCCUCUAGAAGUUAGUAAAUUCGUCCAUAUCCAAAAGUUAUAUAUGUAUAAAAUUCACUCUAUCUAUCUAUAUCUAUCUAUCUAUCUAUCUAUCUAUCUAUCUCAUAUAUAUCUAUCUAUCUGUUGCAUGACUACAUACAAUUUUCAGGCCUUAUCCAUCUUUAUCUUUUCCUCUCAUCCAACACGCUUUCCUUUUCGACUUAUGUCUUCCUCACCUUCCUCUGCUCAUCGUCCUUCAAAUUUGUCAGACUCGCAAUCGCUGACCGACUUUCCGGCUGCCUUCAUUCGUUCAUUCCAUGACUUUUACGUCCUACUCUUCUUUCUAUCUUUUCAUUAA